AUGUCCACGAUAAUCACUGGCCCGCCAACAAUCCGAACACAGAAUAUCAUUCCGCGUGAGGAGCGCCAGAAUUCACGUGAAGAUGUGGUAUAUUGUGGGCAACUUCUCUCUUCCAGCACUGAUGUGAUAAGUGGUCAUGGUACUAUACCUUUUGGUGAUAAGCUAUCGGCUAGUGUGUCCGGUGUGAAAGUGCAGUAUAGUCGACUUUUUCUUGUGGAGCCGUACAAGUCGAAGUAUGUGCCCAAAAUAGGAGAUAUCGUAGUUGGCCGUAUCGCAAGCGUUCAGAGAGCUCGGUGGAAGGUGGAUGUAAACUAUAGAAUGACUGUAAUUCUGCAUCUAAAUGAUGUCAAUAUUCCUGGUGGAGAGCUACGACGUGAAGGUCUAGAGGAUAAAGUUUCUAUGACGAAACACAUGGUGGUAGGAGACGUGGUGAGCGCAGAGGUCCAACAGAUAAGAAUGCGCGGGCAAUUACAGCUUCAUACGAGGAAAUUUGAAAUACGGGAAGCUCAGUCGCGGAUUGUCCCUUCGAGUUUGGUGAAGCCCCAAAAGGAAUACAUGCAUGAGAUAUAUGGCAUCGGUGUCAUAGUUGGAUGUAAUGGUAUAUUGUGGAUAUCCCCCGCCCUUAUCGCCGAUUCCGACGCCGACACGGUGGAGCUCCCGCUGGACAAACGUUCAGCCUUGGUGAGGAUUGCUGCUUGUGCGCGGCUUCUGGCCAGAAACCUCAUUUCCAUUUAUGACGUUUCUAUUAUAUCUGCCUAUAGUGCGUCUUUGGUAUAUAAGGUGAAGGAAUUGGCACAUCCUAAGAUUUCAUCAUUACUGGUACCAAGAAUAGUGGAUAUGAUACAAGCGGAAGAGAAGCGACGCGCUUUGGAGAAAGAUCGUUAG